AUGACAAACUUGGGUGGAAAACCUCGUUUUGAACUUGUCAAUGCGUCAAAAGAUUAUGAAAACGAUGGAUUUUUCAACUACGAAGGGGACAUCGACAACUUAAGACACCCUUGGAUCAGAGAGGCUCACUUUAUUCCCACGGUUACUGUGUUUGCCUCCACCUUUCUGUUGGGAGUCGUUGGGAAUUCCUUGGUAGUAUUUGCUCUUGUUGGGGAUAAAAAACGGCGAAAUGUAACCUCUAGCUUUUUAGUCAGUCUGGCGUGUGCAGAUAUUCUCUUCCUCAUGAUAUGUGUGCCUUAUGAGAUCGUUCGCUACUUCAUAGGUCCCUGGAGCAUAGGCCCGUCACUUUGUAAACUGUCGGGUUCUGUGGAGAUGCUAUCAGCAGUGGCCUCCAUUAUGAACCUGACGGCGAUAAGUGUGGAAAGAUACAUAGUGAUAGUACACCCUAUGAAGUCUCGAUUCCUGUGCACCGGCGGAAAAACCAGCUGUAUCAUUAUCUUUGUUUGGAGUUUAGCCUUGGCGUCAUCAUUCCCAACCUUUUUUGUAAUGGAUACCGAGUCGCUCACGUUCUACAAAAACGACACCUACGUGACAAUUGUGACAUGUUCAGACUAUGGGAUACCACGGGAAAGCAGGUUCUCGUUUGCAAUGUACCGCGUUAUCGUCAUGUUCGCCGCUCCUACAGCUGUCAUGGUGUUCUGCUACGUCUGUGUCAUCAACGCUCUCUGGCUGAGUACAAAGGAAUUGAAGGAAAUGACUGAGCCCUAUCGGAUGGAUCUGAGGAACGGUGCUUCAUCGAAAAACAGAGAAUCCGCGCCGUUAAAAGUGAAGCGCCGAUCGUCAGAAGCACGGGAGACAAGGAAGCAGUUAGGCUCCAGCGGCCUGUCCGGCAAUGAAGUCAUUCGCAGUCAUGACCUAGACGGUGAUGGCGGUCAAUUCACCUCUAUGGUUAUCCGAAUGCUGAUAACAAUAAUUGUGUUCUUCCUACUUUGCUGGGGGCCGAAUAUAAUUUACAAACUGAUUCGCACCAUGCAGAUGGAUGAACUAUACACCAUGUUAGGCAUGACGCUGAAGAUAAUAUUCGACCUGUUGCCAUAUGUGCAGUCGUGUUUAAAUCCAAUUAUAUACGGGUUUAUGUCCAAGAAUUUCCGGCGAAGCAUGCGUACCGCUUGCAUGUUGUACGUGUGUAAGACGAGACGUCGGAAAAUGAGCUGUCUACAUUCCACAUCAAAGAGACGAGAUUACGAACUGGACACGAAGCGACUGGGAUCACCAUUUAUCAGGGCUUCGCCUCUGAAGGUAUCCAUGAGAUCAACAACCAAGACGUCGUAUUAUUAUGAAGAGAGUGAGGAUGAGGUAUAA